CAACAUGACGUGGAUUUAGUUUAGUAUUCCAAAGGCCAAUCUAGUAACGGCUGGACUGUGGUAGAUGGGUGCCACAAGCCAGACGCCCCUCGGCCAGUCUCCCGAGAGUCACUCCACAACCAUGCAUUUGCCUCAGCACCAGACAGGGGAGUCUGUCUUGAUGGAAAAUGGAAACAUUAACCCAUCCUUUAAGGACUUGGAUGGUGGUGACCGGUCAGAGAAGAUUGUCAUUGAUGAGAGUCCGACAGACAGCAUAGAUGGCAGCCUGGAGAAGAGGGGGUGUUCUGAUCUUGUUUAUUCCAUAAAUGACAGACCGCCAUGGUAUCUCUGCAUACUUCUUGGCUUUCAGCAUUACAUCUUGGCUUUUGGAGGCAUUAUUGCCAUACCCCUCAUACUGGCUGAUCCCAUAUGCAUAAGGGAUGACAAUGCAGCCAAAAGCCAGCUCAUCUCCACCAUAUUCUUCGUCUCUGGUUUGUGUACACUGCUUCAGACGACAAUUGGAACAAGGUUACCCAUUCUGCAGGGAGGGACAUUCAGCUACAUCACCCCCACCCUGGCUAUCCUUGCCCUGCCAAAAUGGAGGUGCCCAGACCCCACAGAUCCGUCACAAUCCAAUACAACAGAAAUUUCUCACGCAGACCCUGACGAAGUCUGGAAAUCCCGCAUGCGAGAGAUCCAGGGGGCGAUACUCGUGGCGUCCUUACUCCAGCUGGUUCUUGGACUCUCUGGACUGGUUGGACUGGUGCUGAAGUUUAUUGGACCCCUGGCCAUUGCCCCCACAAUAAACCUGAUUGGACUCUCCCUCUUCAUAGAAGCUGGGAAGAAGUGUGGAGCCCACUGGGGCAUUGCCUCCCUGACGGUUUGCCUCAUUCUGCUCUUCUCCCAGUACCUGAGCAAAGUCAACGUUCCUCUGAUCGCUUACAAAGACAAGAAGUGGAAGGUCUUUCAGUACCCACUCUUCAAGCUCUUCUCUGCUUUGUUUGGAAUGUGCGGCUCCUGGCUCGUCUGCUUCCUGCUGACGUAUUUCAACGUGCUGCCUACAAAGCCGGAUGAGUACGGCUACACAGCGCGGACGGACCUAAAAGUUGACGCAGUCACGAGUGCCCCCUGGUUCCAUGUACCAUACCCCGGUCAGUGGGGUCUACCGACUGUGAGUGUGUCUUCUGUACUGGGUAUGAUGGCUGGAGUUCUAGCGUCCACCAUGGAGUCCAUCGGUGAUUACUACGCAUGUGCCCGCCUCUCUGGAGCCCCGCCCCCACCGACGCAUGCCAUAAACCGUGGAAUUGCAGUAGAGGGCAUUGGAUGCAUCCUGGCAGCUAUCUGGGGCAGUGGGAAUGGAACCACCUCUUACAGCCAGAACAUCGCUGCACUUGGAAUCACCAAGGUUGGCAGUAGACUGGUUCUGCAGACUGCUGGUGUUCUGAUGAUUGUCCUGGGACUAUUUGGGAAAUUUGGUGCCAUUUUUAUUACCAUCCCUGAUCCAGUCAUCGGAGGAAUGUUCCUGGUAAUGUUUGGAAUGAUAGCAGCUGUGGGAAUCUCAAACCUUCAGUACGUGGACUUGAAUUCCUCCAGGAACUUACUCAUUCUUGGAUUUUCAACCUUUAGCGGACUCGUUCUUCCAACGUGGUUUCACUCCAAUCCAGGCAUCAUUGACACAGGACUGAAAGAACUGGACCAAGUUAUAAUUGUCCUCUUUACAACUCACAUGUUUAUAGGUGGAUUCUUUGGAUUUGUGUUGGAUAACACUAUUCCAGGAACAGAGAGAGAACGAGGGAUUAACAUCUGGAGGGAAAAAGUUCACCAGGAUCCCAGUGACUGCGAUAAAGAUCAGUCCUGCUAUGAUCUACCAUUUUGCACUGACUUUCUCCACAGGUUCAGAUGCACUCAGUAUAUCCCAUUCCUUCAGACAUUCAGGAGAUUCGACAAGAGAACACACAACUGACGCCAUCUUGUGUGGAUGGCAUACUUAUGACAACCCCCGGUUUACAGCAAUAACUAUCAUUUACAUUUAACGUAUUUCUCUGUUCAUUUCUAGGAUGUACUUCAGUGCAAUGGUACCAGUGCACUUCUUUGUUUUUCACUGUUUCCUCAUAUUGUUUCUGUCUUUUUUAAAUCACUGUUCAUAAUAUUUUGUUUAUAUAAUAAUGAAUGACAGAGGUAGUAACACCAUGGGAAUUUGACCACUGAGUGCUUCAAAGGGAAAAUUAAUUAACAAGCAUAAUGUGAAAAAACCCGGAAGUAUGCUAACCACAUCCAUUACCAUUGUUUGGGCAAAUCCUGCAUUUUGUAAAGCAGUUGUCCUCACUGGAUCUCUGGUUCAGCUUCUUUUCAGCAACCAGAAAAAAACAAAAUAAAAGGUUUUAUCAGAAACAUGGAAAGUCAAAACAAAAAAGUACAAAUUCCAGACAAUGGCAACUUGACUUGGUUUAGGGCUAGUUACAAAUUGUCAGUGGUGUAAUGGUAAAAGAAAAAGGCCUUUCACAGUUGCCUGAAGAUCUACCUACCUGUUACCUCACCAUGUUACAAGAUUAUAAAAAGAUAUUUUACAGUGAGCAUGCAGUGAGUAAAUAUGAGUGAGUGUUCCAGUCGAUAAAGGUGCUUGCCACAAGCACAGGCUUGGGCUGUUUUAUUAGCUGACUAUGACGGGGGUAUUUGCAGCAGCACAACUGACUGACCACAUCCAGGAGUGGGAGGCUUUAAGCCAACCAGAGUUCCUGGGUUGCCACCUCAUUAGUCCCUGAACCAUGCACCAGACACCCAGAGUCUAUCACCUGGCACAGAGAGAUUUACCUCUCCUCUGGCUGUUUGCUAGCUCUUGAUUAUAGUACUGUGUGAACUCUAGGGUGUGUUAUAUAGUAGCCACUUGCUCUGAAGAGAGUGCAUUGGUGGAAUGCACUACUUUAGAUGCUGUGCUGCUUCCUGCACAGGUGUCAAUGGCUCAAUAGUGAUUCAAGAGGCCCAGUCAGCAACUUCACAUUUAAGAGAAAAAGAUUCUGAAAAAAAAUGUAUGUGUCUAUAUGUAUAUGUCCUCUUGCUGUAUUCCACAAGACCCACCAUUUGUAAUAUCCAGUGUUCCAAAGGCAUAAUUGUAUAAUAUUUCCAGUUGUGCAGAGCCUGUCAAGCCUUUUAAAGUUUUGUUCUGCAUGACAGUUGAGUGUGCCCUCUGCCCCCUGCUGGUACUUCAGGCAAAUGGCUUCUCAACCACCAGCAAGCACCACCAAGAAAACUAAUAUAGAAGAAUAAUCAGCCUUUUCUGAUUAAUGCAAUUUUCCAUCUAAUUUUAACUGCCUCUUUUCUUUCUUUUUUAACACCCUAUUCAAGUUUAUAAUGCUCAGUCACAAAUAGCCAAUUUGCAUCACUUUUAUGUUGCACAUAAUUGCAUGGACAUUCUCCAGAAUGUGUGAAGUCAGUCAAGCACUUUUGUUCCACACUAGGUAGACUGCAGGUGCCCAUCCAGCAGUGAUCAAAGAAAGGAGGAUACCAUUCUGACUGAAACCCUCUCUCCCAAUUUUGGGAUGAAAAUAAUAUAUCAUCCAAAUGAUUUCUCAGCAACAGUUGUCAUUAUUCAAUCUGAGCCAAAGGGUGAACCACACUGCUACGCACAAGUGCUCAAGCGAGCAUGACUUUCAACAGCUCUAUGCAUUUCGUGUGUUUUUAAAAAGGCUGUGGCUUGGUUAUGUUACAUGGUCAACUACAGUCAAUUUUUUAUUAUUAUUGUGCCACAAUUUGAUUCACAAUCAAAAUUUUAUUUUUGUGAUUCACAAUUUGACUAUUUGUUAUAAGACGAAAUGUACAUGAACGUAAUGGAAUGCCAUUUUUCGAGAUGACUGCAGAAUAUUUUACCUUUAAAAUAUACAAUUUGGAACAAACUCCUAUAACAGCCAAAAACUUUCAUUGUUAAUAAAAUUCACCUCAUAAAAUGGGUGCAGAAGGCAUACCACUUUGUCGCUUUACCUGUCCAUUUUAUGUGAGAGCAUAUUUUAUACAAAGAAAACUGCUUAAUACCAAAAGCUGAACUGUCUUUCUGGGAUUUUUUAAAGAGAUAUUGCAAUACAGGAGACAAGCUAAUAGACUAUUCAAGUUCAGAGAUGGACAUUACAUGUCAAUCAGACAGACUGCCCACUCUCAUUAAAAUAUUCUUAACUGUGAAAUUCAAUAAAAACAAUUCACAUUCUAAGUAGUCCAGAAAAAAACAUUAUAUUUACUUUCAAUGUACUUAUGUUUCAAAUGUACUUGGAAAGAAAAUAUCGAUAUUUUAUUUAGGAAUCAUAUUCAGUGAAAUACAUUAUAGAGUCUUAGAAUGAAAUAUCUAGGCUAUUUGAUAAGAAAAGUCAGAGAGGUUAUGCUCCCUUUGUAAAUUUCCUGUAGUGUUCUGUCGAAGUGUUUUAUAGCUGUUCUGUGGAAACUGUGAAAGGGGUCUCUCGAAACUUGCAGAUCAGGAAUGAAAUCUGUAGUUGGAAAUGACUCAGAAGCCCGCCAUUUGGUAUGAGUUGAAAGUUAUUCAAAUAAUCUUGAACAAAGAAGAUGUUUUUCCCUCAGGAAAUAAAAGCAAAACUUGUAGGCACUCCUUCCUGGACAAGCGGAGCGCUCCGAUGUUCUUACAGAAUACCUGUAGCCAGUUAUGAAUCGGGCUGCAUGCCAAAGCUCAUACUUGUCGCCUUUAACCAAAUCUCUCCCAAAGACUCGUUUCCUGACUCAUCCUCACGACUCACUCAUAUUCCCCAUUGUUUGCGCUUCUGUAGUCGUACGCAUAAGACAGUAGCAAUUACAACUUUACGCCCAGGCCACACUUUUUCCAUCUCAAAUAUUUUUCUGCGUCUUCCUUUCGCUGCAUCUGAAGCGUUCCACUGAAACCUGUAAGAUCUAUGCAUGGCCAAGGUGAGGGGGGAGGUUGGUGGGGUAAUUUUAUCUGCAUUUCCAUCUUGGUUUUAAGUAGAGGCCAGAGGCAAUGGGUCAGAUCAUAAACUUCAAAAAAACAAAACAAGAUAGUUUGAACUGAUUUGAACAAGAAACCAAAAUGUAGGUAUAUUAUACUUGGAGCAAAUAAUUUAUAUUCUAUGCACAUUCAUUUAAGCAAUGGCUUUAAAUAAAAACCAGAGAAUAAGUAAGGAAAUAAAUCUAGUUCCAAAAACCAGUUUUAGCCACCAUAGUCAUUUUAAAACCAGUUUUGCUCUAAAAUAAUCAAAUGACAGUGCAACCAACUGGAAAAUUUGUUGGUAGGGCAUUGCCAUUGUACCAUGGUGCCGCAUAAAAAGAUUAUGCAAGCAGGAGGCUCUUUAAUUCCCUAUUGACAAGGGCACCAAGAAAAUCAAUAUUAACAUGCCCCUUUAGAGGCACUAAACGUUGCCAGUGCCAGAAGUUGCAAGGGAUCUGACAAUGUGCAUGUUAUCCAUUUCAGAAAAUUGCAUUAUCGGAACCAUUUGCGUCAAUGCUCCUGGGAAAGAAAAUUAACGGAGAGCUACUUGCCAUUUCAGUCUCUAAAUUAAAUUAUUCAGUGGCAGACUGAGAUUCUUGCAAAAAUGAUUUAGGGGUUCAUUUUUUUGGAGUCAUAUGUUUCACUUUUUUAUACUUCCUGUAGAAAAAAUAACUCUUACUUGCUCAAUAUACAGGCUUAUUACACAUUAAGUCCUCAAAGCCUGGCUAUAUUGCUAAUGAACAGAAAAAUCAAUGAACGAAUGAAUACAAAUGGUGGCCAUAUUUUAUUUUAUGUUGGAAAUGUUAUCAAUUGAUCCAGUUAUGCAAACUAAACACAAAUAGAUAGUAUGGAAAUUGCUGUCAUUGUCAUUUACAUAAAUAAAUGUAAACAUAAAUGUACAUAAAUUGUCAUUUACAUUUUAUCAAUAAAAAGUGACAUAACUACUG